AUGCAAACUACAUCCUCAACAAUAAGUAGUGAUUCUGUAUCAACGGAAUCAGGAGACCUGCAUAGUACGACGACCAGUGGAUCUAUUACGACUGAACCUUCCAUCACAACCGUCGCUGUUAGAACACCUGAAUCAACAGUUACUGCAAAUACUAGUCGCUCUGUACAUGUAACAACUACAGAUAGUUUAUCUCCUAUCACAACGAGCGACGUUUCAACAAUAUCAACUUCUGUGAUAGCCAUCCGUCCUGUAAAAACUACAAAUACAAACGAGUUUUCUAGUACAACUGCUAACGCUUCCACAGCUGAUUCAAUAACACCAACCACUACAAGCACCAGACUUUCUAUCACAAGUACCAACACGUCAUUUCUCACAACAGCUUCCACCAGUCAAUCAACUGAACCAAUCGCAACAAAAAUGAGCACUUCUGUAGCGACUACAAACACAGUAUUUUCUUCCACAACAACUGAUACUUCCACAACUGAAUCAAUAGCACCACCAAGUACAAAGAGCAGCUCUUCUGGCUUGACUACAGACAUGUUAUUUCCUAUUUUAACAGCUGAACCUUCAACAGUUGCGCCAACACCACCAACUACUACAAAAGCCAGCACUUCUUCAACGACUAUAAACUCGUUAUUUCCUAAAUCAACAGGUGCCACUUCCAGAACUGAAUCUACAUUUCCAAUCACAACAAAAUCGAGCACGCCUGCAAUAAUUACAAACACGUUUUUUCCUGUACCAACAACUGAGACUACUGAAACCGAAUCAACACCACCACCAACUACAAAAUCCAGUACUUCUUCAAGGACUACAACCUCAUUAUUUCCUAAAUCAACAGGUGACACUUCCACAGUUGAAUCUACAAUUCCAACCCCUAGAAAUAUCAAUGAUGAUGUAACUUCUACAAGCACGACAAAUCAUAAAUCAACAACUAAUGAUUCAACAACAAUACCAAUAGUUACCAAUACCAGCACUUUAAAAACGGCUGACUCUUUAACCACGGAAUCAAUAGCGCCAGUGACCACAAAAAUCAAUAUUUCUGGAACAACUACUAACACGAUAUUUCGUACAACAACUAACUCUUCCAAAACUGAGUCAACAACACCGACAAGUACAAAAACGAGCACUUCUGCAACAUUUAGAAAUACAUUAUUUCCUAUUUCAACAGCUGAAGCUUCAACAGUUGAGUCAUCACCACCAACUACUACAAAAUCCAAUACUUCUUCAACGACUACAAGCUCGUUAUUUCCGAAAUCAACAGGUGACACUUCCACAGCUGAAUCUACAAUUCCAACCACUAGAAAGAUCAGUGAUGAUGUAACUUCUACAAGCACGAUAAAUAAUAAAUCAACAACUAAUGCUUCAACAACAAUACCAAUAGUUACCAAUACCAGCACUUUAAAAACGGCUGACUCUUUCACCACGGAAUCAAUCGCGCCAGUGACCACAAAAAUCAAUAUUUCUGGAACAACUACCAACACGAUAUUUCGUACAACAACUGAAUCUUCCAAAACUGAGUCAACAACACUGACAAGUACAAAAACGAGCACUUCUACAACGUUUAGAAGUACGUUCUUUCCUAUUUCAACAACAGAAGCUUCAAUAGCUGAGUCAGCUACUCAAACAACUACAAAAGCCAGCGCUUCUUCAACGAUUACAAACUCGUUAUUUCGUAAACCAGCAGGUGACGCUUCCACAACUGAAUCUACAAACCCAAACACUACAAUGAUCAACGAUGAUGUAGCGACUAGAAAUACGCUAUUUCCUGUACCAACAACUGAGGCUUCCAAAAGCGAGUCCACAACACCAGUCACAACAAAAUCGAGCACAUCUGCAAUGGUUACAUACACGCUAUUUCCUGUAUCAAGCGCUGAAGUCUCCACAACUGAAUCAAUAACAUCGACAACACCAACAACUUCAAAACCCAGCACUUCUGUGACAACCAAAUCCACAACAUUUCCUAUAACAACUCAUGCUUCCACAGUUGAGUCAACAAUACCAACAACUACAAAGAUAAGCAAUGCUAUAACGACUACAAACACGUUAUUUUCAAGAACAACAACUGGGGCGUUUAAAACUGAAUCAACAACACCAACUACUGCAAAGACCGACACUUCUGUAGCGACUACAGACAAUAUUUCAUAA